UUGAGCUAAUGCGACUGACCUCACCAUGGCACUGUCACAUGGUGUUCUAAAGUCUAAUAUUCUGUGACAGUGUCCUGAGACACAAGAAACAAACACAGCCUUGGCUCCACCUUCACACUCUGUUAUUAAAGUAGCUGUGCUGCUGUGUGCCAGACUUCCCUCUACUGCUACUUUGGCCAGACCCAAGAAUCUUACUCAAAAUCUGCAACAUCAGUGAUGACUUUUUAAUGAUCUAUACCAAGUGAAACGGUUUCCACAGGAAAAACUGAGGGACCCUCACAUCAAAAUAACCCUUUGGUCUCCUCUUCAUAUCCUUUCACCUCAUCUGGCAGAGGGAUAAUGUAAAGCUUGGUUUCUCACACCCCAGCUGAUAUUAUUUCUACAGUUGAGUUCAAUCACACUGGAGAAUUACUGGCUACCGGGGACAAGGGAGGUCGGGUUGUUAUAUUCCAAAGGGAACCUGAGAGUAAAAAUGAGCCUUACAGUCAGGGGGAAUACAAUGUUUACAGCACGUUCCAGAGCCAUGAGCCUGAAUUUGAUUAUUUGAAGAGCUUGGAGAUAGAGGAAAAAAUAAACAAGAUCAAAUGGCUACCACAGCAGAAUGCAGCCCACUCCCUUCUGUCAACAAAUGAUAAAACUAUCAAAUUAUGGAAAAUUACUGAACGAGAUAAGAGACCAGAGGGAUACAACUUAAAAGAUGAAGAAGGGAAACUUAAAGAUCUGUCUACUGUAACAUCACUACAGGUGCCUGUAUUGAAACCUAUGGAUUUGAUGGUAGAAGUUACCCCCAGGAGAAUCUUUGCUAAUGGUCACACCUAUCAUGUCAACUCAAUUUCUGUCAACAGCGACUGUGAGACAUACAUGUCAGCUGAUGAUCUCAGGAUUAACCUCUGGCACUUAGCAAUUACGGACAGGAGUUUCAACAUUGUAGAUAUAAAGCCAGCCAACAUGGAGGACCUGACGGAAGUGAUUACUGCAUCCGAGUUUCAUCCCCACCAUUGCAAUCUCUUUGUCUAUAGCAGCAGCAAAGGAUCCUUGAGACUCUGUGACAUGAGGGCAUCAGCCCUCUGUGACAAACAUUCCAAACUAUUUGAAGAACCGGAAGACCCCAGUAACAGAUCGUUCUUUUCAGAAAUUAUCUCUUCAGUGUCAGAUGUUAAAUUCAGUCACAGUGGCAGAUAUAUGCUAACAAGGGAUUACCUCACUGUCAAAGUUUGGGAUCUGAACAUGGAAACGAAGCCUAUAGAAACAUAUCAGGUCCAUGAUUACCUUAGGAGCAAGCUGUGUUCCCUCUAUGAAAACGACUGCAUCUUUGACAAGUUUGAAUGUGCAUGGAAUGGAUCAGACAGUGUUAUUAUGACAGGUGCAUAUAACAACUUCUUUCGAAUGUUUGACCGAAACACCAAGCGUGAUGUUACGUUGGAGGCCUCCCGGGAGAGCAGUAAGCCACGAGCCAUUCUAAAACCCCGCCGAGUCUGUGUCGGAGGUAAAAGAAGGAAAGAUGACAUCAGUGUCGACAGUUUGGACUUUACUAAGAAGAUCUUGCACACAGCAUGGCACCCAACUGAGAACAUAAUUGCUAUAGCAGCGACAAACAAUCUGUACAUAUUUCAGGAUAAAGUGAACUCAGAAAUGCACUAGGUCUAUCACUAUCUUUCUGUAUUUUUGAACCAGCCUUUUGAGAGUUGUAGAAGGACGUGAGCUUCACAAAAGCGUGGCCAUUGUGGUGGAAUUUGUUGAUUCCCUCCCUCCACCCUUCAGUCUGUAUCGGUGGUGGCAACCAACUGUUUUAACUUAUUGCAACUGUAUAAUUGUCUAAGUAAAAAGGCUCUACUUCAGUACUGUGGUCUCUGUCAGUUUUUUAAACAAUCAGGGCUAUUCAUUUCAGGACUGUUCCUGUGAGGUGCCAAGUACCUUAAAUGCCAACUGGCUCUUGAGGGUACAACACUCCACAGGACCAACAUCCUGCUGUGCUGCAUUCUUCCACGGUCUGCAGUGUUUACCACAUUAUCAGAGUUUUUUACAUUGGUCCCUUGAUUUUUUUUUUCAGGAAUGCUUUCUGGGCUUUUAAAGUCAAGUAGACUUAUUUAUGAGUGUAAGAAUAGCUGUCCCCCACAUACAUUGCUGCGCACAGGAGGAGGCCCCUAGGCAGUUAGUAAGAUGGAAGCAAAAUCAAUUAUUCUGCUUAUUAACAAGUGACAAGUUGCCCCUGUUUCCCUUAUCACAUUCCCCAUUCCCAGCACUGAGCCCUCAUUAUGGAGUUCCACACACACUUUUACAAUGUUUUACUUCUGCUACAAAUCCUGACUUUGUAUUUCAACUUUCUGAGUCAAAAACUGAAGUGCGCUAUUGAUAGUCAGCUACCUUCGUUUCAAAAAGCCAUUUGUUCUGUAGGUACAUUUCUAGUCACAUUGGAGAAUGUGACAAUAUUAAUUAUAGUGCAUACCAUUUAAAAACUCAGGAUUUGCCACACCAUGAUGACUAUUGAACACAUAUGCAGAUACACGGGUUAAUGCACAUACACGUGUGCUAUUAUAACUUUGGGAUGGGAUUUUCAGAAGCCUUCAGAAGUUGGCUGGAUGCUGUUUCCUCUGAAAUCAAAUAUUUAGUUAAAUCAGUGCUAAGCCCUUUUGAAAAUCCCACGUGACAUUUACUGUAUCAUACUUACUACUAUAAAUUUGGUAUCUGCUGAAUCCCCAGGAAAUACAGGUUUAACUUCUAUGAAUAGUAACUCAAGAGUUUAGCACUCCUGAGUGAAUGUUAAGUUUUUAAAUAGCCCCAUUCUAAAAUGACAAGAUGGUUCCUGGGUGAAAUGGAAAGCCAACAUUCUACUUAAAUUGGUUUAUGUAGUUUGUUCUUCAAUUGAACAACAAUGGAAAUAGAAAAUGUUUCCUUUUAGACGUAUAUAAAAAUGGUGCACCAUUUUGGAAAUGUUUUUUAAUCUUGGAAAUCUUUCUCCAUGACUAAUAAAAUCUGCAGAAAAAUUGUUAUCCCAAAUGAUCUCUUCUUGACUCACAAGUGAAGGAGUGUAACUGCUCAGAUGCCUUGACUGACUGGCUCUUGUUAAAAAUCCCUUGCAUAGGAAAAGUUCUUUAACAACCUUUCUUUACUGAUUUUUUUGGUAAAUGGAGAAUGAACUAAUAAAUGAACCUGCAUGCUUUUAUAUUAUGAUUUUUGGGGAGAAAAUCUGCUUCUGAGGUUUACAAAAAAGGCUACAACUUUUUAUAUGAAGUCUUGACAUGAUACGUGAACUAUGUAUGUUUAAAAUUUUCUAGAUUGAUACUGUAUAUGCUAUGUGUAGACGCACAAACGCAUGUGCAUCAGUUUCCAGCCAUAAUAUACACAGACAGUAUAAAAUAUGUAGGUUAAUUUUAAAGGGAAUGAGGAAUGUUUGUUUAUAAAACACUGUAUACUCUAGACAGUAUGGACAGUAUUAUAUGUACAUAUUUAUUCUAAUUAAAGUUAACUAUCUUUUUUUCUUGUAAAAAGGUUUAAGAAUGUGGUAAAUUGUAUAGAAAUCUCUAAUGCCAAACGACUGCUUCAAGGGUAUCAUACACUUUCUUUGACUUUUGGCCUCCUCCAUUAACCUUUGUAGCUCAAAAAUGCUAACAGGUCAUACUGGCAUUUACUGUAAAACAUAUUUAGCUUCUAACAUCCUCAAGUAAGAGUUGGUACAUAACUUAUUAUAAAGCAGAUCUUAACACAAUAGUAAUGCUAUUUUUAUUUCAAGUACCUUAUUCUGUUUCAAGUUUGGGUACCCAAAAUAUCUUGUUAAACUAAUUAAUGAAAUACAUUUUUGGAGCUUUACAAAAUCACUGAUUUCCAGACUAAAAGGUUGUGAUGUGAUUAUAGAGGAAAAUACGAAAAUCCUUUUAAAGACGAGUAUCACAUUCAUGGCUCUGAUACCACCACUAGGAUUCAGUUUCCUGGUCUUCUUGAAUGUAAGAAAGUUGACAUUGUCAUUGUGAAAUUUUUAAAACUUUUUUUCCUUUUUGGUUUGAGCUUUCAGUGGUGUAGAGUACGUGAUGGUAAAGUUGGUAAAUCAGAUUGUUUGGAAAGCUGUUGUUCAUGGUUGCAUUCUUUGUGUUGCACAAAUUAGCUAACUGUUGUUGAAUAAAGUUAUAAAUAUGUUAAUACCAGCUUUUUCAAUAAAAUGACUGCAAAAA